GCGGCGGCCGCGAGGGGAGGGGGAGUCCCGUCUGACUGAGACGGGAGGCCUGGGAGGGCGGGGGUGCCGCGCAGGGCGGAGCGCCGGGCUGGGGAUGAGCUAAGCGGGUUCGGAGCGCCGCGGCAUUCAGCCCCUCGUGUCCCGCCGCUGCUGGUGAGUGGACGCGGCACCGCUCUCCGAGCUCGACCCGCUGGCUGCGCGGGAGCCAUCCGUGAGUAUUUCUCAAACUCUGAGGCUUGCAGAAUUCACAGAUUGAGAUCUGGCAUCAUUUUCAGAGAGAGACUUUCAGUAAUGUAUGUAACCUGUAAUGGAAGAUGAUUGAAGAUAAGGGGCCUCGUGUUGCUGACUACUUUGUUGUAGCAGGAUUAACUGAUGUUUCAAAGCCUCUUGAAGAAGAAAUUCACUUCAAUGAUGCCUGUCAUAAAGUAGCAAAACCAAAAGAACCUAUCACAGAUGUUUCAGUUAUUAUUAAAUCUCUUGGGGAGGAAGUGCCACGGGAUUACACAUGUAUUGAUGUUACCCCAACUGGACUGUCAGCUGAUCUCAAUAAUGGAAGUCUUGUGGGGCCACAGAUUUUCCUUUGCUAUAGAAGAGGAAGAGAUAAGCCUCCACUUACAGAUCUGGGGGUUUUAUAUGACUGGAAAGAAAGAUUGAAACAGGGGUGUGAAAUUAUCCAGAGUACUCCCUAUGGACACCCUGCAAAUCUUAGUGGCAGUACCUCAUCACAAAGGAUUUAUAUCACUUACCGAAGAGCAUCUGAAAACAUGACUCAGAAUACGUUGGCUGUUACAGACAUAUGUAUUAUUAUACCCAGUAAAGGAGAAAGUCCACCACACACAUUCUGCAGAGUUGACAAGAAUCUCAAUAACAGUAUGUGGGGAUCAGCAGUGUACUUAUGUUAUAAAAAAUCGGUGGCAAAAACUAACACUAUAUCUUACAAAGCUGGUCUAAUUUGUAGAUACCCUCAAGAAGAUUAUGAGUCAUUCUCACUCCCAGAAUCUGUUCCCUUAUUUUGUUUACCAAUGGGUGCAACUAUUGAACGUUGGCCACCAAAUAGCAAAUACCCUCUCCCUGUAUUUUCUACAUUUGUGUUAACUGGAGCCUCAGCUGAAAAGGUCUAUGGUGCUGCUAUUCAAUUUUAUGAACCAUACUUGGAAGAGAAUCUCACAGAAAAACAGAGAUUUCUUUUGGGUUUAGCAUCAUCAGCAGAUGAGAAGUUUGAUCGUUCCAAGACAAUUCACACUAGUAAAUGCAUCUGUCUUCUCUCUCACUGGCCUUUUUUUGAUGCGUUCAGGAAGUUUCUGACUUUUCUAUAUCGUUAUUCCAUCUCUGGACCUCAUGUCCUUCCAAUUGAGAAGCAUAUUUCUCAUUUUAUGCAUAAAGUUCCUUUUCCAUCUCCUCAGAGACCACGGAUUUUAGUUCAGUUAUCACCACAUGAUAAUCUGAUUCUCAGUCAGCCUGUUUCUUCACCUCUUCCACUGAGUGGUGGCAAGUUUUCAACACUACUUCAGAAUUUAGGCCCUGAAAAUUCUGUGACACUACUGGUGUUUGCAGUAACAGAACAUAAGAUUCUCAUUCAUUCCUUACGGCCUUCAGUGCUUACUAGUGUGACAGAAGCAUUAGUUUCUAUGAUUUUCCCUUUCCACUGGCCAUGCCCCUAUGUUCCUCUUUGCCCACUGGCUUUAGCAGAUGUCUUGAGUGCACCAUGUCCAUUCAUAGUAGGAAUUGAUUCAAGAUACUUUGAUCUCUAUGACCCUCCACCAGAUGUCAGUUGUGUUGACCUAGAUACCAACACCAUUUCUCAAACUGGUGACAAGAAAAAUAUAGCCUGGAAGAUACUUCCAAAGAAACCAUGUAAAAAUCUGAUGAACACGCUAAAUAAUUUGCACCAGCAGUUGGCAAAAUUGCAGCAGAGACCAAGAGACGAUGGACUAAUGGACUUAGCAAUGAAUGAUUAUGAUUUUAAUUCUGGAAAGAGGUUGCACAUGAUAGAUUUGGAAAUCCAAGAGGCAUUUUUGUAUUUCAUGGCCUCUAUUUUAAAAGGUUAUAGAUCAUAUUUAAGACCAAUAACACAAGCCCCAUCUGAGACGGCCACAGAUGCAGCCUCUCUUUUUGCCUUACAAGCUUUCUUAAGAAGCCGGGACCGGUCACAUCAGAAAUUCUAUAACAUGAUGACCAAAACACAAAUGUUUAUUCGCUUCAUUGAGGAAUGUUCUUUUGUCAGUGAUAAAGAUGCGAGCCUGGCGUUUUUUGAUGAUUGUGUUGAUAAAGUGGAUAUGGACAAGAGUGGUGAAGUGCGACUUAUAGAACUGGAUGAAUCUUUCAAAAGUGAACAUACUGUUUUUGUAACACCACCUGAGAUCCCCCAUCUACCCAAUGGUGAAGAACCCCCUUUACAGUACAGCUAUAAUGGAUUUCCAGUUCUUAGGAACAAUUUAUUUGAGAGACCUGAAGGAUUUCUACAAACACGAAGGAGCAAAUUGCCUUCAAAAUCCAGUAGUCCUAGUAGCCCUUCUCCCAUGUUCAGAAGAACAAAACAGGAGAUUAAAUCAGCCCAUAAAAUUGCCAAGAGGUAUUCUUCCAUUCCUCAGAUGUGGUCUAGGUGUCUACUGCGUCACUGUUACGGACUAUGGUUUAUUUGUCUCCCAGCUUAUGUGAAAGUAUGUCAUUCAAAAGUCAGGGCUCUGAAAACAGCAUAUGAUGUGCUUAAAAAAAUGCAGUCAAAGAAGAUGGAUCCACCUGAUGAGGUGUGCUACCGCAUUCUUAUGCAGCUCUGUGGACAGUAUGAUCAGCCAGUGCUUGCAGUUCGAGUGCUUUUUGAAAUGCAGAAAGCUGGUAUUGACCCCAAUGCCAUUACUUAUGGCUAUUAUAAUAAGGCUGUUUUGGAAAGUACCUGGCCUUCAAGGAGUCGUAGUGGCUAUUUUCUUUGGACAAAAGUGAGAAACGUUGUUUUAGGAGUAGCACAGUUCAAAAGAGCUUUAAAGAAACAUGCACGUUUAUCACAAACAACUCUCUCAGCAGAUGGCAGUGACCUGGAUGCUGUUAGUCAUGGCAGCAUGGAUAGUGGUCAUGGGACACACACUGUGGAGCAGGCACCUUUUAAUACGGGUUUAAUCAAAGUGUAUGCUUCUGAUGAUAGAUCUAGUACAGAUGGCCAGUCUGACCUUGGGUAUAAUUCAUUAUCUAAGGAUGAAGUUAGAAGAGGGGAUACAUCUACUGAGGACAUUCAAGAAGAAAAAGAUAAGAAAGGAAGUGACUCUAGUUCCUUGUCAGAGAGCGAGAGUGCAAAGGGAAGUGCUGAUUGUCUCCCUAAGCUCAAUUAUCAAAGUUCUUCCAGUAUAGUUCGCCUCAGUGGUACAAAUAAUAGUACUGAUAAAAUAUCAGGAGAAAACACAGAAAGCACGUCUGAGCCACUCUUAAUAUCAUCUUUUGAGGAUACAAAUGAAGCAGGAAGUAUUCAAAGUAGAUGCUUCAGGAAAAGACAUAAAAGUGACAAUGAGCCUCAUUUGCAGCAGCAGAUGUCCUGGGGAAGUAGGAACCGCAAUCUUAGUGGAGGAGUACUGAUGGGACUUAUGCUCAAUAGAAUCAACCAGGAAGCAAACCCUGGAGAUAUGGUUGAAAAAUUAGGAGCUGAUGCCAAAAUUCUUUCAAAUGUAAUCUCAAAAAGCACAAGACCAAAUAGUCUUGAUAUUGGAAAGCCAUCUUUAAGAUCAAAGAGAGGCAGUAUAGAAAAGGAAUCUAGUGAUGAUGAUACACCUUUUGAUGGCUGUAAUUGUUUGGCAGACAAAGUGGAUUCUCCUGUUAUAUUUGACUUAGAAGACUUAGACAAUGAAACAGAUGGAUCAAAGGUGGGGUACGUUGCUCCACAAAAUCCCAAGAGGCGUCAGCGCUUGAGCAGCAGCUUCUCAGUAAAACCUUUUGAAAAAACUGAUGUUGCAACAGGAUUUGAUCCCCUCUCUCUUUUGGUUGCUGAGACUGAACAGCAGCAAAAAGAGGAGGAGGAAGAGGAAGAAGAUGAUAGCAAAAGUGUUUCAACACCAUCUGCUAGGCGGGAUUUAGCUGAAGAAAUUGUGAUGUAUAUGAAUAACAUGAGCAGUCCUUUGACAAGUCGAACACCAAGUAUUGAUUUACAACGGGCCUGUGAUGAUAAAGUAACUACAAAGAAAAGUCCAACGCUGGUGAAGGCAUGCAGAAGAUCUAGCCUGCCUCCUAAUUCUCCUAGGCCAGUGAGACUUACCAAAUCUAAAAGUUACUCAAAAAGCGAGGACAGGCCAAGGGAUAGACUCUGGUCUUCUCCAGCCUUCUCACCUACUUGCCCAUUUAGGGAAGAAUCUCAAGAUGCAUUAACCCAUUCAUCUCCUUCAUUUAACUUAGAUACACUACUAGUACCUAAACUAGAUGUUCUAAGAAACAGUAUGUUCACUGCUGGAAAAGGAGUUGCAGAGAAAGCAAGCAAAUGGUAUUCAAGAUUCACCAUGUACACCACAUCCUCCAAGGAUCAAAGUUCUGAUCGUACCAGUCUUUCUUCAGUGGGAGCCCAGGAUUCUGAAUCUACCUCUUUAACAGAUGAAGAUGUCUGCCACGAGUUGGAAGGAGCCACUUCUCAGGAGAGCAGUGCCACUUCAGGGACUAAGGGAAUUGAUUUCAGCAGAACAAGCCUGGAAAGUUCUGCCUCCCUAGAAGGAUCCUUGUCCAAGUUUGCCUUACCUGGGAAAUCAGAAGUGGCGUCUUCCUGCAACACGAGUAAUACAAAUAUCUUCCAGAACUAUGCAAUGGAGGUUCUUAUCUCAAGCUGCUCUCGGUGUAGAACCUGUGAUUGUCUUGUCCAUGAUGAGGAGAUCAUGGCUGGCUGGACAGCAGAUGAUUCAAAUCUCAAUACUACCUGCCCAUUUUGUGGCAAUAUUUUCUUGCCAUUUCUGAAUAUCGAAAUAAGAGAUUUGAGACGACCUGGAAGAUACUUUUUGAAGUCAAGCCCAUCCACAGAAAAUAUGCAUUUUCCGCCCUCCUUUUCAAGUCAGACAAGGCAGUCUUGUAUCUCAACAUCAGCCUCUGGUCUUGACACAUCUCUUCUCUCUGUUCAAGGGAAUUUUGAUCUAAAUAGCAAAUCUAAACUGCUGGAAAAUACAUGUGCCCGAAGUAUUCAGAUCCCCGCUGAUAGAUCAAAAGCAGCUAUGUCAAAAUGUCCAAUAUUUCCAAUGGCCAGGAGUGUUAGUACUUAUGGCACCUUGGAUAAGGAAGACACUGGAGGACAGAAGCUCAUUCCUACAGGCAGCCUGCCAACUACUUUACAAGGAGCUACAGAUUCUUUAGGAUUAGAAUGGCACCUCCCAAGUCCAGAUCCUAUCACUGUUCCAUAUCUUAGUCCUUUAGUGGUAUGGAAGGAACUUGAAAGCUUGUUGGAAAAUGAAGGUGAUCAUGCAAUAACAGUGGCAGACUUUGUGGACCAUCAUCCAAUUGUGUUUUGGAACCUGGUGUGGUAUUUUAGACGUCUUGACUUACCCAGUAAUUUACCUGGAUUGAUUCUUUCUUCUGAGCAUUGUAACAAGUAUUCAAAGAUCCCUCGCCACCGUAUGUCCGAAGACAGUAAAUAUGUUUUAAUACAAAUGUUGUGGGACAAUAUGAAAUUACAUCAGGAUCCAGGACAGCCCUUGUACAUCCUCUGGAAUGCCCACACCCAGAAGUAUCCAAUGGUCCAUUUAUUGCAGAAAGGUGAUAAUUCAUUUAACCAGGAACUAUUGAAAAAUAUGGUAAAAAGCAUUAAAAUGAAUGAUGUCUAUGGACCAAUGAGUCAGAUUUUAGAGACGCUGAAUAAAUGUCCUCAUUUUAAAAGACAGAGGAGUUUAUAUAGAGAAAUACUAUUUCUCUCACUUGUGGCACUGGGAAGAGAAAACAUUGAUAUAGAUGCAUUUGAUAAAGAAUACAAGAUGGCAUACGAUCGUCUCACACCUAGUCAAGUCAAGAGUACCCACAACUGUGAUAGACCACCAAGCACUGGGGUGAUAGAAUGUCGAAAAACCUUUGGAGAACCUUAUCUUUAAGAUAUUAACAAGUAAUUAAGUAUUUUUGUGAUGAGAAAAUCCCUGUAAAAUAAGACAGCUGUUUUAUGGACUCUCUUGGAAGAGACAGAUUGAAAAAUCACGUAUGGAACAUAAAGAAACGUAAGAUC